AUGCUAGUGCUAGAGGAGGCUAGUGGUCAGAUACUAGCGCUGGAGGAGGGUAGUGGUCAGACACUAGCGCUGGAGGAGGGUAGUGGUCAGACAAUAGCGCUGAAGGAGGUGCUGGAGGAGGGUAGUGGUCAGACAAUAGCGCUGAAGGAGGGUAGUGGACAGACACUAGCACUGGAGGAGGGUAGUGGUCAGAUACUAGUGCUGGAGGAGGGUAGUGGUCAGAUACUAGCGAUGGAGGAGGCUAGUGGUCAGAUGCUAGUGCUAGAGGAGGCUAGUGGUCAGACACAAGUGCUGGAGGAGGGUAGUGGUCAGACACAAGUGCUGGAGGAGGCUAGUGGUCAGAUACUAGCGCUGGAGGAGGCUAGUGGUCAGACACUAGUGCUGGAGGAGAGUAGUGGUCAGACACUAGCGCUGGAGGAGGGUAGUGGUCAGACACUAACGCUGGAGGAGGGUAGUGGUCAGACACUAGUGCUGGAGGAGGGUAGUGGUCAGACACUAGCGCUGAAGGAGGGUAGUGGUCAGAUACUAGCGCUGGAGGAGGCUAGUGGUCAGACACUAGCACUAGGGAGGGUAGUGAUCAGACACUAG